GUGGAAACUCAGUCAGGGCCUCUCCAUUUGUUCUUUCCGUUGACCAGUUUUGGCAUCACACUCUUUGAAUAUGAAGCUCAUCUCUCUCACUUCUUUCCUUCUAGCUCCCGCUGCGGUCCUAGCAGCUUGGGGCUACACCGACGAUGGCAAGAACUACGUUAUCGACACAAAUGCCAAUCUUGUGGUGAAGGUUAGCAAGACGAAUGGUGACAUGACAUCGAUCAAAUACCGUGGUGUCGAGUACAGUGGUCAGGCUGGCAAGUACUCCCACGUCGAAUCAGGAUUGGGUGCAUCCACGGUCACGAUUAGACAAAUCGCGAGCCCCAACGUCAUAAAAGUCAACAUCAAGUACGGGACUCUCAAGCAUGAUCUUGUCUUCCGUUAUGGCAACCCGAACGUGUACAUUUUCAUGAACAAAGUCGACACAAGCGUGACUGUCUCGCGUUACAUUGUCCGCAUUCCACCAAACAUCUUCACCAAUAAUGUUGACACCGACACCGACUGGAUCCCGAAUAACGCGGCAGUCAUUGAAGCCGGCGAUGUCAACACGGUCGGCAAGCACACUUACAGCAAGCAUUACUCUGGCUACAAGUAUGGGCGAACUAUCGACUACGACUAUGUCGGCUACACAAACAAUAACGUGGGAAUGUACUUGAUCAGGUCAAAUCACGAGAAGGCUUCCGGUGGACCAUUCUUCAGGAGCUUGGUCAGGCGCGGUGGAUCGGGCGGACCAGAUCUGUACGACAUCUACCAUUACAACAUGGGUCACACUGAUGUUAUGCGCUUGGGCUUGCAAGGCCCAAGUGUUCUGCACUUUACUGACAGCGGCGCUGCACCUAACGGAAACCUGUUCGCCCGCAAGGCCAACUGGGACUGGUUCGACGGCCUUGGAAUCGACGGAUGGGUGCCCACUAGCCAGCGCGGAGCCGUUGCUGGUGUCGGACUGGCAAACAUGAAGAACGGCCAGCAAUACGUUAUCGGCAUGAAAAAUAACGCUGCCCAGUACUGGACCACAGCCGGAGCAAACGGUGCUUGGAGGAUCGAGAAGGCUCUGCCUGGCACAUAUACCUUGAACGUGUACAAGAACGAGCUCGAAGUCCACACAAGCACUGUCACAAUCGCCGCUGGCUCCACAGCGACAAAGAACACUAUCACCUGCGCCGAUCCUCAAGACGCCGCCGUCGUCUGGCGUAUCGGAGAGUGGGACGGCUCGCCCAAGGGCUUCCUCAACUUCGAAGACACCCCCAUGAAGCCCACAUACAUGCAUCCCUCUGACGGCCGCCUCGCUAACUGGAAGACCGGCAACUACAUUAUCGGCACCAGCAAUGCGAACCAGUUCCCCGGUUACAUGUGGAAGGACGUCAAUAGCGGCUACCUCGUGUACUUCCGCCUGACGGACGAUCAGCUCACCAAGAGCUUCAAGAUCAGGAUCGGUGUGACGGAAGGCCUCGCAGGUGGUCGUCCUGCUAUCAAUGUCAACAGCUGGGCUGCGCCACUGCAGUCGCAGAAGCUCCAGGGCGAUACUAGAAGUUUGACUGUUGGCACCUACCGAGGCAACAACCAGGUGUAUGAGUACACAGUGCCGGCUAGUGCGUGGUUGAAGAGUGCGAGGGAGUACCAGAUAUUGAAGAUCGACGUGAUCACUGGUAAGACUGCGACGGGAUACUUGAGUGGCGGUGUCAGCUUUGAUGCUCUUGAUAUGGUUGCCGUGUAAGAGGGGGUGUCCUUGCGAUACGGCUCUCAUCUUCUUCUGUAUAUAUUUGAAGGCCAC